ACACUCUAUUGUCGCUUUUACCCUAUGGAGGACCGCUGUUCCCCGGAAAACGAGAGGAUGGAAGCAUGGCUGGAUGACCACUUGGAGUUCACCCAUUCCUACUUUGUCAGGAAAGCGUCAAGGGAGAUGGUGAAUGCCUGGUUUGCUGAACGCAUCCAUUCCAUUCAGCCAUCUGCCGCCAAAGAAAAUACUUCACAGCAGCGGGCCCACCAGUCCUCCACUGAUCUUGGGCCUUUUUCUGCACCCACCCUCAGCCACUUGGACAACCGUUGUCCAUCCCCAGCUACAGCCCCUAGUCCGGCCCCUGGUACCCCGACUCGCAAAAUCUCAGCAUCAGAGUUUGACCGUCCACUCAGACCCAUCGUGGUUAAAGACUCUGAGGGUGCUCUGACAUUUUUGAGUGACGUUGACCGUGAAACCGUCCCUGUCCGGGGAUUGAUGAUGGGUGAGGGUGGUCUUGGGAAUGGAGGUGGUGGUGGCAGCACUGGGGGUGACCGCUGUGCCAGGCUGCUGGAGCUAGUAAAGGAUGUGUCGAGUCAUCUGGAUGUGACAGCACUCUGCCAUAAGAUCUUCCUUCACAUCAAUGAGCUGAUUGCUGCAGACCGCUACUCACUGUUUUUGGUGGGUGAGGAUAGCUCCAACAGGAAGUUCUUGGUCAGCCGGCUGUUUGAUGUGGCGGAGGGAACCACAUUGGAAGAAUCUUCCAGUAACUGCAUCCGACUAGAGUGGAACAAAGGCAUUGUGGGACAUGUAGCUGCUACAGGACAACCACUCAAUAUCAAGAAUGCUUACGAGGAUCCCAGGUUCAACGCUGAGGUUGACCUGAUCACAGGUUACAAAACCCAAAGUAUCCUUUGUCUGCCUAUCAAGAACCACAGAGAUGAGGUAGUUGGAGUGGCUCAGGCAAUCAACAAGAAAUGCAUAGAUGGUGGAGCCUUCACUGAGCAAGAUGAAAAGGACUUUUCAGCUUAUUUGGCCUUUUCAGGCGUUGUACUGCACAACGCGCAGUUGUACGAGACAUCGCAACUGGAAAACAGACGCAAUCAGGUGCUGUUGGACUUGGCCAGUCUGAUUUUUGAGGAGCAGCAGUGUCUUGAGGUUUUACUAAGAAAGAUUGCCGGAACCAUCCUAUCCUUCAUGCAGGCCCAGGCUUGUACUGUCUUCAUUGCUGAUGAAGACUCAAUGAACACUUUCUCCAGUGUCUUUCACAUGGACUAUGAGGAAUUGGGUGAAGUCCUACAUGCCCCCAAACGGGACCAUGAUAUCAGUCAGAUUAACUAUAUGUAUGCUCAGUAUGUUAAAAACACCAUGCAGCCUCUCAACAUUGCUGACGUCACCAAGGAUCAGCGCUUUCCCUGGACGAGUGAAAACCCAGAUCACUCCAGCAACCAGAUAAAGAGUUUGCUCUGCACUCCCAUAAGGAAUGGCAAGAAGGACAAAGUCAUUGGUGUGUGUCAGUUGGUGAACAAAAUGGAUGAAGUGUCAAGCACCAUCAAGGCAUUCAACAGAAAUGAUGAGCAGUUCCUGGAGGCAUUUGCCAUCUUCUGUGGUCUCGGCAUCCAGAACACACAGAUGUAUGAAACUGUAGAGAGAGCUAUGGUCAAGCAGGAGGUCACUCUGGAGGUCUUGUCGUAUCAUGCCUCUGCUGCAGAAGAAGAAUCACGGAAACUCCAGGUAACUAUGUUAGCCACCAUUCCAUCAGCCCAGUCCCUCCAUCUUGUGGACUUCAGCUUCAGUGACUUUGAGUUGUCAGACAAUGAAACCACGCUGGCUACCAUACGCAUGUUUGUCGACCUCAACCUAGUCCAGAACUUCCAGAUGAAGUACACGAGUCUGUGUCAGUGGAUUCUGAGUGUUAAGAAGAACUAUAGGAAGAAUGUGGCCUAUCAUAACUGGAGACAUGCCUUCAACACUGCCCAGUGCAUGUUUGCACUCCUCAAGUCAGGACGCUUACAGAACUAUAUGAGCAAUUUGGAGGUGCUGGCUCUGAUGAUUGCAACUCUCUGCCAUGACCUGGACCAUAGAGGAGUCAACAACUCCUACAUACAGAGAAGUGACCACCCACUGGCCCAGCUGUACUGCCAUUCUACCAUGGAGCAUCACCAUUUUGAUCAGUGCCUCAUGAUCCUCAACAGCCCUGGAAACCAGAUCCUGAGCAGCCUUUCUCUGGAUGAAUACAAGGCCACUCUGAAGAUGAUUGAAAGGGCUAUUCUGGCCACUGACCUUGCCCUGUACAUGAAGAGGCGAGGGGAGUUCUUUGAGCUGAUCAAGAACGCCCAGUUUGUUUGGGAGGAUGAACACCACAGAGAUUUACUGAGGUCAAUGCUGAUGACUGCAUGUGAUAUCUCUGCCAUCACUAAGCCUUGGCCAGUACAAAAAAGGAUUGCAGAGCUGGUGGCCACUGAGUUUUUUGAGCAGGGGGAUAAGGAGAGGCAAGAGCUGAACGUUGAACCUAUUGACCUGAUGAAUCGUGAGAAAAGGGAUAAGAUACCAAGCAUGCAGGUGUCCUUCAUUGAUGCCAUUUGUAUUCAGUUAUAUGAGACCUUGGUUGGGAUCUCGGAGUAUUGCUCCCCGUUGCUGGAAGGAUGUCAGAAAAACCGGUAUCAUUGGAAGCAUUUGGCGGAGGAGUGCGAGAAGGGGCUUGUCAAUGGCUUGGUGUGAUCCAAAUGCCAGAGAGGUUUUCAUCCAACACAAAAUUCCAGAGUUCUCCCUGUCCAGCCUAGUCAUACAAAACUGUAUAAACUCAACAUAAUAUCUAGUGCUGUCUAGAUAUCUAAUAGCAUAUUGUGUGCACUGACGGUGAGCCACCAUGAAAAAAAAAAGAAGGGG